AUGCCUUUAUCAAUAGCCGAACACUUAAAUAGAAUACAUUACAAAAUAGAGACUAAGCCUUCGGUUGCUCGCUCGCACUGUCCACAGUAUCCAUCCAUGUUCAGCAUAUUUCCCAGAAGGUUCCUCCCUCGUCUGGUGCACAAUUAUCGACCCUUAUGCAAAUACUCCGUUUUGCAACAACCUCUGCUGCCUGAUGAUUUCAUGAAUAAGUUACCGGAAAAGCUUAUUUCUCGGGGAAAUGGUCUAAAACCAACGACAGCAGCUAACCAGUUGGACACCCUUUAUCUUCACAACAAAUUGGUACAGAAUGGGUUCACUUCGGAACAAGGUAACGUCAUAAUAGAUUUAUUAUUGGAUACUCUAGAUCAAGAUUUCUUCCGAACUUAUAACGAUAAAUUCUUGCGUAAAAUGGAACUAGAAAACCAAUCACAUCUUUUCAACGCUGCAGAGACUGAGUUAAAAUAUGCAGUGCAAAACUCAAGGGAACAGUCAUUGAAUGAACGGACUCUGGAAUUAAUGCAAUUGGAUCGAGAUUUAAAUUCCUUUAAUGAUCAGUUGAACGAGUUGAUCAUCAACCUUUUAACUAAAGACUCGAAAGUGGAAUUCAACGAUCGCAAGAUUGAAAACACUUUAUUACACAGAGAUAUAAAUCUUCGGUUGAAAGAUUGUAACAACAAGAUUGGUACCAAGAUCAAUGGCCAUAUAAAAUCAGAAAUUGAAAAUUUAAGAUGGCAAACGACAAGAUCAGGGCUAUUAGCUGUGCUUAUAUUAGUCUUUUUUAUCAUGAGUGGUGUCUCAAUAUCAAAAAGAAUCAACACGGAGAACGGAAAACCUGUUGAAGUUAUCUUGCACACUGUGGACCCAGAAGAAUCGGAUCUAGAAUCGCUGCUAUCUGAUGAUGAACAAGGUAAUGUAAGAAGUGGGAAGAACAACAAUGCUAGCAGCUGCUGA